CAUCUUCUAAAUAUUAAGAUAGGAUCUAGUUUAAGUUGCCUAUUUCAAAGAAGUAAAUAGGUGCCUUACAAAAGACAUGAUACCUUGUGUAGGUCUACUUCUCAUUUGUCUUGUGAGCAGUUGCUACUGCUUUUAUGGUCCAGGGGAUGAUGUUGUUCAAUUAACAUUCAGCAACUUCCACAAGCUUGUCAUAGAAAGCAAUGAAUUAUGGCUUGUUGAAUUCUAUGCUACGAGCUGUCAUACGUGUAUAGUAUUUGCUCCAAAAUGGAAGGAAGCCGCCUCAGCUUUGAAGGGUGUGGUCAAGUGUGGAGCUGUCGAUGGUGAGACACAAGGAGGUCUAUUUCAAGAGUAUGGAAUCAAUGGGGUUCCCACAGUACUAUUUUUUGGGGAUGACAAGUCUAUGUACACCGAAUAUGACAUAAAAGAAGAAAAUAGAACUUUGGUAGAGUUCGCUCAAGCGGAAAUUAAAAAAUUGAAGCAGCACAGUAGUACAAGCAUUAUGGGAGUUCAGGACUCUCAGAUGAGUGGGUAUACUUAUGAGAAUUAUGAUGUUGGAAGCCAAACUGUUAACGCUGGCAACAAUCAAUACACAGUACAAAAACAGUACAAUGAACAAGAAAACACUAUGGCAGUGAAUUCUAAUAUGAGAGGUCAAACUUCUAAUGUGAGAGGUCAAACUUCUAAUGUGAGAGGUCAAACUUCUAAUGUGAGAGGUCAAACUUCUAAUGUGAGAGGUCAAACGUCUACAACAAUGCAAGGUGCCAGCUCAGGAAGUGAACAGAUCAACAGACAAACAUAUAAUUCGGAAGUUAGAACUUCAAGCAGUGCGCACAGUCCAAGCUCAGUAACUCAACAGAGCAGUUCUGGACAUUCAGGUAUUCAGAAAAUGAAUUCUCAUGCUUCUAACCAAGCAACGUACACAGGGAACUCUCAACACAGAGGAACUGAACAGGCUCAAGCCUAUGGAAAUAGUAAGGUUGUGAAAUCGUAUGGUGGAAGUCAACCUUCUAGAAAAACCCAAGUCGGGAAAACUCAUGAGACAGCAACUAACCAGUACAGUGUACAAACUAACAAUAAGGCAGUGAAUUCUAAUGUGAGAGGUCAAACUUCUAAUGUGAGAGGUCAAACUUCUACUGUGAGAGGUCAAACUUCUAAUGUGAGAGGUCAAACUUCUAAUGUGAGAGGUCAAACUUCUAAUGUGAGAGGUCAAACUUCUAAUGUGAUAGACCAAACUUCUAAUGUGAGAGGUCAAACUUCUAAUGUGAGAGGUCAAACUUCUAAUGUGAGAGGUCAAACUUCUAAUGUGAGAGGUCAAACUUCUAAUGUAAGAGGUCAAACUUCUAAUGUGAUAGGCCAAACUUCUAAUGUGAGAGGUCAAACUUCUAACGUGAGAGGUCAAACUUCUACAACUAUGCAAGGUGCAAGCUCAGGCAGAUCACAGACCUACGACGGUGAAAACAGCCAAGAUGUAAUCUUGUUGACAGACCAAAACUUCAAUGAGAAAGUUCUUAAGAGUGACGACAUGUGGCUGGUGGAGUUUUACGACAGGAACGAUCCCCAGUCUCAGAAGCUUGCUCCUGAAUGGUCAUCUGCUGCAAGUGUGUUGAAGGGGCGGGUCCAACUGGGUAAAUGUGAUUUUCAGGCUAAUAGAGCUACAGCUCAGAGAUAUGAAAUCAGAAGUGUCCCCACCAUCAAGGUUUUCCCAGCUGGUAAGAAAAACGGAAAAUGUUUUGAUUACAAUGAAGGACAAACAGUUAAGGACAUUGUCCUGUGGACCUGUAAAAGUAAUCCCCGCCCGAAAGAACAGAGCUUGAGGGGUGGCAAUAAUGAAGAUGUGGUUGAGUUGACGGACAGAAACUUUUAUGACAAAGUACUAAUGAGCGAUGAAGUGUGGCUGGUUGAGUUUUACGACUUACGAAACUCCAGGUGUAAGCAACUGGCUCCAGCAUGGUCAUUUUCUGCCACUGCAUUAAGGGGGCAGGCCAAUCUGGGUAGAUAUGAUGUGACUGCUAAUAAAGCCAUAGCCAAAAUAUACGGAGUAAAUAUCAAAGAUGUCCCCAUCAUCAAGUAUUUCCAAGCUGGCCGGAAAAAUGGACAAUGUUCUGAUUAUACUGAAGGCAAUUCUGUUCAAGAGGUUGUCACCUGGGGAUGUAAAAACAUUCAACGCCCAGACGUUAAACAGGGUGAUGAAGAUGUCAAUAAUAAAGAUUUGAUUGAAUUGACAGACAGUAACUUUUAUGAGAGAGUUCUUAGGAGUGAUGACAUGUGGCUAGUCGAGUUUUACGAUGGGAACGAUCCCAGGAGUCACGAGCUUGCUCCAGAAUGGUCAUCAGCUGCGACCGUGUUAAAGGCGAAGGUCAAUAUGGGUAGAUAUGACGUCACUGGCAAUGGUGCCAUCAAACAAACGUACGGAAUUCAAAGUGUCCCUACCUUCAAAGUUUUCCCAGCUGGUAAAAAAGAUGGGCGGUGCUUAGAUUUUAAUGACGGUGAAACGUGUCAACGGAUCAUCGGUUGGGCAUGUAAAAAUAUUGAACGCCCAGUUAAACAGGCCUAUGGAGAUGAAAACAGCAAAGAUGUGAUUGUGCUGACGGACAGUAACUUUUAUGACAGCGUUCUUAGGAGUGACGACAUGUGGCUGGUUCAGUUUUACGACCUGCAAAGUUUUAAGUGUAGGGAACUUGUGCCACAAUGGUCGUCUGCGGCUACUGAGUUGAAGGGGCAGGUCAACCUAGGUGUAGUAGAGGUCAAUGCUAAUCGUGCCAUCGUACAAGCCUACAGAAUCACAGAUACCCCAAGCAUCAAGUACUUCCCAGCUGGUAUGAAAGAUGGACAAUGUGUAGAUUAUACUGAAGGUAACGAUUAUGAUGCCAUUGUCAAGUGGGCACGUGGGUACUCCAAGCAUGAACAGAGCUAUGAUCUCGAUGGAGAUGUCAUUGUGUUGACUGACAGUAACUUUGAAGAGAGUGUUAUGAAUAGCUAUGACGAGUGGUUCGUUGAUUUUUACGACCCAAUUUGUCUAGCUUGUCAAAAGUUUAAUCCAGAAUGGUCGUCUGCUGCCACUGCAUUGAAGGGGAAGGUCAAGAUGGGUAAAUGUGAUUUCACAAUUAAUCAUGUCACAGCACAAAAAUGUAAUAUCCGACAAACCCCCAGCGUCCUGGUUUGCAAGGAGGGUAAGAAAAGCCUAGACACGUUUUCAUCGUAUCAAGGUCUAGAACAAUGUGAAACGUUUCUCACUGAGGCACUUCAGACCUACACAGGGACACAACCCCAGCAGAGCUAUGAUCUGGAUGGAGAUGUCUUUGUGUUGACUGACAGUAACUUUGAAGAGAGUGUUAUGAACAGCUAUGACGAGUGGUUCGUUGAUUUUUACGACCCAAAUAAUUUAGCUUGUCAAAGCUUUAAUCCAAAAUGGUCGUCUGCUGCCACUACAUUGAAGGGGAAGGUCAAGAUGGGUAAAUGUGAUUUUACACGUAAUCCUGCCACAGCACAAAGAUGUAAUAUCCAACACAUCCCAAGCGUCCUGCAUUGCAAUCUGGGUAAGAAAAGUCUAGACAUGUUUUCAUAUUAUCAAGGUAUCGAACAAUGUGAAUAUAUUCUCAAUCGGGUACUUAACACCUAUGGAAGAACACCUCAACACCAACAGUUUGAAUCAGCGAAUAUAAAGAGCUAUGAUCUCGAUGGAGAUGUCAUUGUGUUGACUGACAGUAACUUUGAAGAGAGUGUUAUGAAUAGUGAUGACGAGUGGUUCGUUGAUUUUUACAACCCAAAUUGUAUACCUUGUCAAAAGUUUAAUCCAGAAUGGUCGUCUGCUGCCACUGCAUUGAAGGGGAAGGUCAAGAUGGGUAAAUGUGAUAUCACAAUUAAUCAUGUCACAGCACAAAAAUGUAAUAUCCGUCAAACCCCCAGCGUCCUGGUUUGCAAGGAGGGUAAGAAAAGCCUAGACACGUUUUCAUCGUAUCAAGGUCUAGAACAAUGUGAAACGUUUCUCACUGAGGCACUUCAGACUUACACAGGGACACAACAACAGCAGACACAUGGAGUCAUGGUUGCGUUGACGGACAGUAACUUUGAUGAGUAUGUUACUAACAGUAAUGACAAGUGGUUGGUUAAUUUUUACAACCCACAAUGUAAACCUUGUCAGGACUUUGCUAAGAAAUUUUCGUCUGCUGACGCUGUAAUGAACGGGAAGUUCAUGACAGGUGAAUAUGAUGUCACUAGGAAUAGUGUCAUCAAGGCCAGAUAUGGAAUCCGAAGUACCCCCACCGUACUGUUUUGCCAUCGGGAGAGAAAACAAGAGACAAGUUUUUACCUUAUCAAGGAGUAGUACAAAGUGAAACGAUUCUCAAAUGGGCACUGGAAUCCCCUUAGAGAACAUAAGUCCAACAGGUAGAAGGACGAGUAUCAAUACCUGAGUCAAAUAAAAUGAUAUAACUGUA